AUGUCGGCCGGCACGGCGGGCGUCCGUGGCACCGGCGCCGAGUGCAGGAAGUUCGCGCCGAACAUAUUCAACAAGAGCAAGUGCAGCAGCUGCUUCAAGCAGAAGGAGGAGCACAGCGCGGAGGCUCUGGAAUGCAACAGGGCAACGAGGAAGAUUUCAAAAUGCGGAUAUUUGUUCGUCGCCCCGGGCUGGGACUUCUCGAACCCGCUGAACCGGACGAAGAGAUGGCAAAGAAGAUGGUUCGUCCUGUACGACGACGGAGAGCUGACGUACUCGGUGGACGAACACCCGGAGACGGUGCCGCAAGCGAGGAUCGACAUGACUCGCGUGCUGGAGGUCGCCGCCGCCGAGGACAUCACUGGACAUCCUUACAGCCUCGCGGUGACCUCGCCCGAGGGCGUCACCUUCGUGAAGGGCACGUGCCGCGAGGAGACGAGAUGGUGGGCAGACGUGUUGCAGGUCUACUCGCGGAACAAGGGCCGGCACAAGCGGAACGCCACGUUCCCCGGCGGACAGACGACCAUUCUUCAGGUCACGCCGACGAUCAGAAGUAACACGCCAAAUCCUCCACGUCCGCGCUUCAACAGCUGCCGCUCAGAACCGCGCAGCAACACGUGGAUCCCGGAAUCCAGCGUCCCGGCGGACCUCUGCUCGUCCGUGUUCUCGUCCUCGACAUCGUUAGUGACCAGCAGUGUCGCGACCACCUCCAGCAACACCGUGUUAAGCAACGGGAACUCGGAAACGGGCAACGAUCAUCGGAACAACUCGGUGUCGCCUUUGAGGACCAGCGCUCCUUUGGAGAACGGAAGCUCCAGCUACCUGUCGGCGGUUCCGUCGACGUCCUCGAUGAACGGGACAGUGUCCAGCACGGUCUACUCCACCGCGUCGAGCAGCGUGCCGUCGACGACCAGCUCGUCGCUGACGGAGAAGCCGCCGAUCGUGCCCAACGAAGGCAGGUCCAGCUACAAGGAUCAGCCGGCCAGCAGCGCGUCGCCGCCGACCAGGGAUAAGCUGAGAGCCGAAGACAAGGCCAGACGCAGGAUGAAUCAGCACGGGGAACGGGCAAGCACCGGACCGGCCUGUUCCAACGAGAAACUAGACGACGACGCCUGUCGGAGAAUAUUAUUGGAGCACGAGAGGGAGAGGGAGGGCAAGCUGCGUGACAUAGCAGCUUCGUUGACCCAGCCACGCGUGCGGAGGAUCAAACCGAGAACAUCCGAGCCAACCAGGGACGUCGUGGACGCGGCGAACGCUGCCUACCAGGAUAAGUUGAUCAGAGGAGACCCCGACGGAUGCGGCCUAGACAUCUCGGGCAUCAGAUAUUCCCCUACGUCGGAGCUGCGAGUCGAUCUACCCGCGGAGGAUCUGUUGAACAUCAAGAAAGGCUGGCUGAUGAAGCAGGGCCUCAAUAAGGAAUGGAACAAGCACUGGUUCGUACUGCGCGGCUGCGGCCUCAUGUACUACCGAGAUCCCUGCGCGGAAGAUAAGGGUAUCAUGGACGGCGUCAUAGAUCUGAAUACCGUUACCGCCGUCACGCCCCUUCAAGUCGCAAGAAAUUAUGGAUUCCAGACUGUGGCUUGGGACGAUCGAGGGUCCAACGUGCUGUCUGCGGUCACCGCCGGGAUCCGGGCCAGUUGGAUGUCUGCUAUCAGGAGGGCCGCUAAUUUACCUGAUCCCGAUAGCAACACGGAUUCUAUGUCGGUUUGCCAGGAUGGACAGCAGGAAAACACUCCGCAGUCGCCUACCACGUCCAUCACGGAUCGCGAGAGGGACUCAGUAGUGCCCUCCACGUCGGUAACUCCGAGAUCAGUCCUCUUCUCCUCGGACGAGGAAUACAGGACUGCAUCGGAGGGUGGUAGAAGAGAGUCUGGCGACUGGUCGGAAGUGCCCGUGUCGCCGCCCCUGGUCAGAAACGGCGACUGGUCGGGUGCGCUGAAGGGUUCGAGUUGGUCGGACUCGGCGAACCACGAAUGGUCCGAGCUGCCACCGUCACCGCCUCUGACGAGAACAGCUCUGUCCCGAGUGAAGGCGCGAUCGAGGUCGAGCUCCAGGUCCAGGGUGUACAAGAGGAGCCGCAGCUCGCCGCCGAGUUCUAGAAGAAGCACCCUGGACAGCGUAAGGUCCGAGGAUCUUAUGAUGGCUUGCUGCGAACUCGGCGAGGACGAGGAGCAAACGAAUGGGCACAUGCAGAGCAACAGCUGCUUGUCUAGCGCCAAUGAUAGCCCUUUGAUAGUCGAGCUCCUGGAGAACCAGGUGUCCCUGUUGCGCGAUCAGCUGGACCAGAAUCAGUCGAAUCACCCAAGUACGCUACUAGUCAUUAUCGAGCGUCAGGAGAACGAGAUCGAGAGCUUGAAGUCUCAGCUGAACGCCGCGAGGACCGACGUCGCGAACGCCGAGAAGGAGCUGUCCAGGCUGAGACAGCAGAAGGCAGAGGCCUCCAUCAGGGAGAAACAGGUGGACGAGUUGUUGAACACCAUACAGAGGACAGAGCAACAGAGGAACAAGGAUCUGGAGGACUUGGAGAAGAUGAAGAAGAUGUACACUAGGGAUAAAGAGAUGUUGGAGUGCAAGCUGUUGGAGACGGAAGCGAUCCUCCGGGAGACCAGCGAACGAUGCGAGAUGCUCACCAAGGAACUAGCCUCUAGCCACAGGACGGUGGAACAUCUUCAGUCCGAGAUCACUUCUUUGAGCGAUCGAUUGUCGCAAGGAAUCGAGGAGAACGAGCGUUUGUACACCAAGGUCAGAGAGCUAGAAGAGAAGGGUGGAUUAUCUGCUUCGAGGGAGCGAGGGAGGAGCUUCGACUCGCUGAGCGACCUGACGAACAUUGAGCUGGACCUGGACUUGAAUUCUCUGGACAAAGAGAGAAUCAUGGAAGAGUACGACGAGCUCCGCAGCCGUUUCGAGAAGGCGAUUCUGGAGAUACGAGCGAUGCGGAAGGAGCUUCGCGAGGCUCACGCGAUGCAGGACGCCCUGGAGCUGGAGAUCUUCGCGCACAAGCAGGACGCAGCUAGCGUCAGCGAGACGAACCAGGCGCAGGUUCAAUUGAUGGCGGCGAGGAUCCAGGACCUGACCAACAAGCUGGCCGCCAGCGAGAAGCAAGUGCGAACAUUAAAGCAGAAGCUGACAAAGGCAGAGGCUAGGGACAAAAGGAGAUCGUUGUCGUUGAAGGGUCGCGAGUCCUUUCAAAUCUCGCAGGAGAUGGAGGACAAACUGCUGGAUCUGGAGAACAAAAUCUGCGCGAUCGAGCGCGGAAAGACCAUCAGCUCCAGUGGCUCUAAGGAGUCGAGUCCGAAUCCAAAGAAAGAGAAGCGAACGAAGAACCUGGACCGCACGAGGUUGCGAAGGAAGUCACUGGACAGCGCGACGAGUUCCGAGCCGAUGAAGGUGUUAAUCAGACUGAGCACACUGGAAACAAAAGUAGCGAACGUCACGGAAAGUAUGGCGAGCGACGCGGAAAAGGACUCCAGCGAAUGCAGCGAAGUUAGCGCGUCGUCUACCAGUGAAGUGUCCUUGGAGAUCAUCGCCAGGUUAAGGAAGCUAGAACGCGUGGUGUCCAAGUCGAAGAGGAGACUGGAGAAGUGUCUGGGCUCGACCCAGGCGGAGGACAAGGCGGAGAAGUGUCUGCGCGAGGUGAACGACAUCCUCGACUCGUGUUUAGAAUGUAAGAAAAGCCAAGCUAGCGCUCAAGCGACCGAGUCAGUAGGGGUAGUGGUAUCUAGGCUAGAGACUAUACUUAAGGAUAAGCUGAGCGAACUGGCGGCGAGGCGGCAGGCGCUCGCGCAGAACGGCCAACUGGAUGAACGGGAGAAGACCAAGCUGAUCGCGGAGCGGGUCGCGUUCGAGUUCGUCGUUCUUAGGCAGAUCAGGUGCGCGAUCGGCCGUACCUUCGAGAGGAGCGCCGUUCUCAGUGAACUGGUCGAAACUAGUCAGCUUGCCUCAAGCCUAAUGCGUAAGAUUCACGGAACUAAGCCCAAAACGUACCAAAACACCAGUUACAUUCAGUAUCUUACUAAAGUGUUAGCGAAUAAGUUAGUACUGGUAGGCGGUGUAACCGCGACAGAGACGUCGAAGGAGGUAACUGCAGCUCGCGGCGAGAGUCUGAGCUUCCUGCUGCAGAAACAGCGGGAGGUGAACGAGAUUGUGAGGAGGUACAAGGAAACGAAAUUGAGGCAGCUCGCGGAAGCCCUGGCUGUAGAGACUUUGAGCAUGUCUGAACAGGAAGAUCUUGGCAAAACGGUGUCCAACUCGAAUAAGAAAUUGUUAGAGGAUCGAAGAAUUAGAGAAGCCUGGGCGCUGGCUCAAGAGACCGUCAGCAAAGAGCUUGUACAGUCAGAAGUCUCUCACGUGAUCAUGCGUUGCGGACAGAUGUACGAGCAGAACAUCACGAGCAUCACCGACACCUGCCUCACGUUGGAACCCGCGGAUAGCAUAGCCAUGGAAUCUUGGAUCGACGCGGCUCAAGCCAGGCUUAGACAAGAAGUAGAGGUAUCCACUCGCGAGCUGUCCGAGGCCUACGAGGAUUGUCUGCGGCAGAUGAAGAAGAACAAGACGAGCGUGGAGAGCAAGUACGAGUCCCGGCAGCUGCUCAACGACUACGCGGACGUGAUCGCGCACAAAGCUUUAAUCGACGCGAGGAUCGGUCUGCUCCAGGAGAACGCGCGGUCCGUGAACACCUUCUCCGGGGAGACUUUUGUAUCUAGUCUGAUCCGAAACGACGAGCUCCUCUCGUCUCUGCUCGGGGAUGACCGCGAAUUACAGGGUAGCAAUCCGAUCCUCGACGCGGAGUACAGUUACCUUUACCAACAGUUCAGCAAGGAGUGUGAGGAGAGGGUCUCCGGGAAGCGGGGCUCGAAGGAUCAGCUGAAGAACGUCAGUCAGAGCCUGCUCUACCUGGAGGAGGACCUGAUUGAUUUAGCCAAGAAGGUGCGUGACAAAGACGGCGAGAAGGUGGGCUGCUGGUCACCGAAAUCCACGGCCAGCGAUUGGAGCAGCGUUUGCGAGAAGUGCUCGCAGCUGCGCGAACACAUUAAGAGGUUGAGGGACUAUAUGAACAGCGUAGCCUGCAAGCAGUGCGAUCAGCUGCAGGAGACAAUCGAAAGGAUCACCGCGGAUCAUCACGAGGAACUGGAGACGCUGAAGAGGAAUCAAGAGAGGGAUUUAAUGGACAUCAAGGGGGAACUCGAUAAUCAGAGACAGUCAUUGACGUCGCAGUAUGAGCAAGAGGCGGCUAGUCUCAGGGAGAAAGCUAGGAAACUGGAGCAUAGGUUGAACGCGAUGGACUCUGAGCAUUCGGCUCACGUGAACGAGCUGAGGGCAGCUUAUCAAAGAUCUAUGAGCGCUGAGCUAGACACCGAUGCGGAGACCAGGAAGAGGUACAAGGAGGAAAUCAAGCAGUUGCGAGCAUUGUGCGAGAAAGGACUAUUGGCUAUGGAGAACUCUCACAGGAGGAUCAUAUCAGAGAUGGAGGAGAAGCAUCGACAGGAGCUAGAGAAUUUGAGGGUGGAGAAGGAGCAAGCGUUGUCGGAGGAAACUCAGGCGACUCUCGCGGCGUUGGAUGCUAUGAGGAAGGCUCAUGAGCACGAAGUGCAGAAGGAGAUCGCGAAAUUUAAGCAGGAAUUCAUUAAGCAGAUGCAGGCGAGAGAGGAUAUCGGCGUGCUUCACAAGGAACACGAAGAGGAAAUGGAAGAGAUAAAGCAAGAGAUUCUAUCGUUAUCCGCCAAGUACUCGUCCAAGUGUGUGGAGUCCGCGGCUUUGGAAGAGAAGGUAGGUUCCUUGACGAAGCAGCUCACCCAGGCCCAGCAACACAUCAUGCAGCUGGACGCGAGGAACAAGCAGCUUAGGGCGCAUCUGGUGUUAGAAACGAACGACACCGGCAUCAAUGACACCAUGCAAAUGCUGCGGGGCAGGGAGAACGAGAUAGCGGAACCGAGGGAAGAGAUCCACAGAUUGCAACAACUGAAGCAUGGGGAUGCCGUCGUUCGCGACACGUCGUCGUCGAAGUCGCCGUCGCUGGGCUGCCCCGCGGUGCAAUACGCGCCGCUGCGCGUCCGGGGCGGUCAGGAGCCGUUGACGCGAGCUGGCGGUGGCUGCGAGGAGCAGCAACGGCUGGCCGGCGGCGAACGUGCGAAAAGCUCCUCGGUGUCCACGUUACAUAAGCACCCGGCCGCGGACAAGCCGGCGGCCGCCGCGUUCUCCUACAAGCUCGAGCGGAUUAAGUCGGUCUCGUUGCCGUACUCGAGUAACUUGGUUAGGCCGGGGAGUAGUUCUGGCGUUCCGUCGCACGAUAGGAAAGAGGUGAGCUUAGGGCAAAAGAGUCAGGAGCGUAACGGUCUCGCAUCGCCACUUUGGGACAGCUUGAGGCCCAGGAGCGGAUUGCCCCAUCAGUAUCAAGGUGGCACAGCAGAGAUGCGAGUCGGCGGCGCUGGCACCCGGUGGCAGGACGGCAAGCAAAGUGAAAAGCAGCGCCAACCGGAGGCAUUCGGCCUCCGUGCCGACGAUCCUCGCACGUCCCGCCUCACCCCGGAACCCCCAGCUCUCUCCGUUGCAGAGCUGAUGAGGUCUCCAGCAGUGAGGUGGUCCAGCAGGAGUUGUCGAAGCUUGCCUCCUACACCUACGCCGAGUUACCAUCACCCGCUCCACCCCCCACUGCCAGCGGUGGGCAUGGUCGCCGAGAGGAAGAAACGUUUUGAGCUCUAACCAUCCGACUCUUUGCUACUUGCAACGAAAACUUGAUAGGUGCACCAUUAGCCAUAAGUAUUUGGACACUUGUUGGAUCUGAUCGAGAGCCUAUUAUCAUGUAACCAAUUCAUAUCCCCAAGUCUUUCUAAUAAUCUUUGCCUAAUCCUUGUAAUUAAAUAUUUAUUCUCCAAAUAGUUUAGUAUUGAAAAUAGGACAUAUUCUUUUCAUAUUAGCUCCUCAUUGGAUUUAUUCCCAUUCGAUUCCAAUUAUUGCACACUUAGUCACUCAAUUCAAAGUUAGCUACCGUUCAAAUUGUCAAACAUUCACCGAACAUAUCAGUAACUGUUAAGAAAAGGCUUAGGCAUCGUUCCAUUAGAAAGAUUUCCAACAGAAAUGUCCAAAUACAUGUGGCCAAUAGCAUAAACGCAACCACAGCCGUGCGUCCGAUAGUUCUCUCAUGGUGCUAGACCGGUUGCUCGUUCGUACUAAAGUCUUCUCUCCCGAAAGACUCGUAGUUUCAACUCGCGCAGAGCAACCCUUCCCGACGCAUUAUCCAAACGCGAUUCGUCACUGCCAUAGCGACAGAGCUUCGACGGUAGAAUGGAGCGAGAGACGUGCGCGUUUCGUGUCAAUGGAUUAACCGUAUUUCUCACGUGACAAUAUUGAGCAUGUUUAUCAGGUAAACAUGAUUCAAUAGCCGAAACGAGGCUCGGGUCACGACGGUCGCUAACGUUCUUCUUCGCGGCUCGCUGUCUUCGUAACAGACCAACCAUCCUUCCCCCUUCGAUUCCCCUUUCCCCGCCUUUCACGAAGGACCCCGUUUUAUACCACGGAAAUUUUUGCUAAGCACGUUUACAAGGCUGCACCGAUUGCCGCCGUUUGAUAUGCAUUUAGACUUUGAUACACGAAUUUUUUCCGUAGCGGCGAGAGUAGUGGUCGCCCCGAGCGACGUUUUUCUCGGGCAUUAUUCCGCCAUUGGCCGUUCCCCGUUCCUUUCAUCCGGUUGCCCAUCGGUCCGGGGACAAUCGUCGACAAUCCAUUCGAUUCUCGCAGAAAUAUCGACUUGGUGCUCUUCACACGACUGCAAUGAUGGUACAAUCUCUCCCGUUCGUCUCGUUCCUCGAUGAAAAUUUCGUUAACUUGUCCGCAUAAAUAGUCGCACUCUUUGCUUGUCCGUACAAUAGAAGUUCGCCGGAGUUUACCGGGGGAAAGGGGAACUGCCAGGAAGCCGGCGGAUGCGAGGAAGAUACAGCGGAGCGCCGUUUACUUUGUCCCAUUCAGAAAACGUCGAUCGAAGUUAGAUCAUUUCUUGAUAUUCAUUUUAAUUUCUGUUUUCCUGCUCAAAUUCAAGCGUCUAUCCGGGAAACAAGAACCUUCGAAAUCUCGAUCACUAGAAUCUCCGAACAUGUCUCGUUCAAUAGAGGGAACCCGAUGAAACUGGAAGUCCAAAUAAACUGGCGUUCCGCUGUGUCACGCGAAUCUUCUGUACAAGCGUCGUGACGACGAACACGACCGUAUGGUGUUGUUGGUGUGAACGCGAGAACAGUCCGUCAAAGAUCGUUUUCGAUUGAUUUUCCGGGAAUGAUUUCGUACAAUUAGACGAUCCGUUCACCAUCUUGUUGUUACACCGGAGGGGCUAAUUCGAAAGCAUACGGCUCGAAGCUCGUCUUUUUAGGGAGGCUUUGAUAUUAUUUUCCGAUUUAUUGACACUUCGAUCGCGGCUGUAUUUCUCUUCCCAUCUCUCCUUCUCUCCCCUUUUUAUUUUGUUUUUCUUUUUUGUAAAGUUUGUCGCGUAAGGGACGUUUCGUCAAAGGAACAGAUACGCGACUGUUUUUCUUCGAUGUUUUUUCUCUCCUUUCUCCUCUUUUCUCCCUUUCACCCUAUUCCCAUUCCCUUCCUCUUAUCCCUCUGUCUCGUUGUUUCGUUCGAGGAUCGAAAGAAAGUAUUUUUACGCUUGUUUCGCUCUUGUUAUGUAUAGAUUCUGCACAUAUUAAAAUAUUACGGCGUU